AUGCUUAUAGUUCCUUCAAAUUGGUUACACACAUUUUGGUCAACUUUCCUGAUAUGGAUUGUGAUAGUACCUUUAGCGACAUCUGUUUCUUUAACUUCAUCUAGAUUCUUGACACAAGAUUUAACAGGAACUACAUGGUCGACAAUUUCUACACUCAUUAAAACUGUUUCCGGAACAGACAACAUAGAAACUACGGAAACUAUUUACUAUAUUGCAUUACCAAGUAAUUUAUUCUACUCUACAUCAACAGUUAUAGAUUGGAAACAAACCACUGCACAUACUAUAUCCACAAAUUAUAAAACUUAUACAGGGACCGAUGGAUCUACAACCGUAGUGACCACUUAUGUAGUUGGGACUUCUCCAGCUUUAGCAUCUGCUAGAUAUACUACUUGGAGCAAUUCAUAUACCUCUUGGUAUUCUUCUAUAUUAUCAAUUAGUGAUGGAACAACAUAUACAAUAGUUGAUAUAUAUGUUCCUGUGUCGUCUGUAACUGCAACAUCAUAUACCCAAGGUUUUGGUCAAUCAUCUUAUACAUAUGGCAGUACUUCUACAAAUGAAAUUGGUCCAGAUUAUUACUAUUAUAAGAAGGACAUAAUCAUAGUUAACUUACCAUAUAUAACUGACGAGGUUACUUUAACCACAGUAGGUUCUUUCUCAUUCUCGCAAUGGUCGACGCUUUCUAGUGAAAUGGUUACAACCACAGGUGCAGAUGGUCUAACUACUAUAUCUACCGUAUAUUUAGUAGCUAUUCCAACAAAUCUUAAUAAUUUCAGAACGUCAACAGUGAAAACUUUGGGAUCAGGAAAUAAAUCAACUACCUAUUCAACCAAGACAACACUAAUAAGUGAUGGGAAUGGAAAUGUGACAACAGAAACUGUUUAUUAUGUAAUGACACCAUCAAGAAUUUCAACAUCAAUUACAUAUUCAACUUGGUCCCUAGAUCAAGUUUCAACUUAUAGCACAAACGUGAAAACCAUAACUUUUGCUAACUCGGAAGAAGUCACAGAACUUUUAUAUUAUGUUUAUACAACAAAAGAAUAUACAACAUCCACUACAUACAUUUCAAACAGUAUUUCAGCUGGAACCACUUUUAAAACAAUUACAACUACGUUUUUAAACGAUGCUAAUAAGGAUAUAAACCAAAUACUGUAUUAUGUUUAUAGAGAUGAAGUAUCAACCAGCAAUUCGAGUGACUCCGUUCAUUCAUUAUUAUCUUCUUCUGGUGUUGAAUCUUCUUCUGGUAUUGAAUCCUCUUCAGUUGCUGUAUCAUCAUCUGGUGUUGAAACCUCUUCAGUUGCUAGAUCAUCACCUGAGAUUGUAUUCUCUUCUGCUAUCGAAUCCUCUUCAGCUCCUAGAUCAUCAUCCGCAGUUGAAUCCACUUCUGCUGUCGAAUCCUCUUCAGUAGCCGUCUCAUCAUCUGGUGUUGAAUCCUCUUCUGCUGUCGAAUCAUCUUCAGUAGCUAUCUCAUCAUCUGGUGUUGAAUCCUCUUCUGCUGUCGAAUCCUCUUCAGCCGCUAGAUCAUCAUCUGGUGUUGAAUCCUCUUCUGUUAUCGAAUCCUCUUCAGUAGCUGUCUCAUCAUCUGGUGUUGAAUCCUCUUCUGCUGUCGAAUCCUCUUCAGUAGCCGUCUCAUCAUCUGGUGUUGAAUCCUCUUCUGCUGUCGAAUCCUCUUCAGUAGCCGUCUCAUCAUCUGGUGUUGAAUCCUCUUCUACUGUCGAAUCAUCUUCAGUAGCCGUCUCAUCAUCUGGUGUUGAAUCCUCUUCUGCUGUCGAAUCCUCUUCAGCCGCUAGAUCAUCAUCUGGUGUUGAAUCCUCUUCUGCUGUCGAAUCUUCUUCAGUAGCUGUCUCAUCAUCUGGUGUUGAAUCCUCUUCUGCUGUCGAAUCCUCUUCAGUAGCCGUCUCAUCAUCUGGUGUUGAAUCCUCUUCUGCUGUCGAAUCAUCUUCAGUAGCUAUCUCAUCAUCUGGUGUUGAAUCCUCUUCUGCUGUCGAAUCCUCUUCAGCCGCUAGAUCAUCAUCUGGUGUUGAAUCCUCUUCUGUUAUCGAAUCCUCUUCAGUAGCUGUCUCAUCAUCUGGUGUUGAAUCCUCUUCUGCUGUCGAAUCCUCUUCAGUAGCCGUCUCAUCAUCUGGUGUUGAAUCCACUUCUGCUGUCGAAUCAUCUUCAGUAGCUGUCUCAUCAUCUGGUGUUGAAUCCUCUUCUGCUGUCGAAUCAUCUUCAGUAGGUGUCUCAUCAUCUGGUGUUGAAUCUUCAUCUGAAUCAUCUUUAGCUUCUAGAUCUGCUUCUGCGUUUGGUUCUAGUACAGGAUUUAGUAGUUACAGUGUAAGAUCGUCAAGUGCUGUUGAAUCUUCUUCUGUUGUCGAAUCUUCUUCCGCUGUCGAAUCCUCUUCUGCUGUCGAAUCCUCUUCAGUAGCUGUCUCAUCAUCCGCUGUUGAAUCCUCUUCUGCUGUCGAAUCCUCUUCAGUAGCUGUCUCAUCAUCUGGUGUUGAAUCCUCUUCUGCUGUCGAAUCCUCUUCAGCCGCUAGAUCAUCAUCUGGUGUUGAAUCCUCUUCUGCUGUCGAAUCCUCUUCAGUAGCUGUCUCAUCAUCUGGUGUUGAAUCCUCUUCUGCUAUCGAAUCCUCUUCAGUAGCUGUCUCAUCAUCUGGUGUUGAAUCUUCAUCUGAAUCAUCUUUAGCUUCUAGAUCGGCUUCUGCGUUUGGUUCUAGUACAGGAUUUAGUAGUUACAGUGUAAGAUCAUCAAGUGCUGUUGAAUCCUCUUCUGCUGUCGAAUCCUCUUCAGUAGCUGUCUCAUCAUCUGGUGUUGAAUCCUCUUCUGCUGUCGAAUCCUCUUCAGUAGCUAUCUCAUCAUCUGGUGUUGAAUCCUCUUCUGCUGUCGAAUCCUCUUCAGCCGCUAGAUCAUCAUCUGGUGUUGAAUCCUCUUCUGUUAUCGAAUCCUCUUCAGUAGCUGUCUCAUCAUCUGGUGUUGAAUCCUCUUCUGCUGUCGAAUCCUUUUCAGCCGCUAGAUCAUCAUCUGGUGUUGAAUCCUCUUCUGCUGUCUCAUCAUCUUCAGUAGCUGUCUCAUCAUCUGGUGUUGAAUCCUCUUCUGCUGUCGAAUCAUCUUCAGUAGCUGUCUCAUCAUCUGGUGUUGAAUCCUCUUCUGCUGUCGAAUCCUCUUCAGUAGCCGUCUCAUCAUCUGGUGUUGAAUCCUCUUCUGCUGUCGAAUCCUCUUCAGUAGCCGUCUCAUCAUCUGGUGUUGAAUCCUCUUCUGCUGUCGAAUCUUCUUCAGUAGCUGUCUCAUCAUCUGGUGUUGAAUCCUCUUCUGCUGUCGAAUCCUCUUCAGUAGCCGUCUCAUCAUCUGGUGUUGAAUCCUCUUCUGCUGUCGAAUCAUCUUCAGUAGCUGUCUCAUCAUCUGGUGUUGAAUCCUCUUCUGCUGUCGAAUCCUCUUCAGUAGCCGUCUCAUCAUCUGGUGUUGAAUCCUCUUCUGCUGUCGAAUCCUCUUCAGUAGCUAUCUCAUCAUCUGGUGUUGAAUCCUCUUCUGCUAUCGAAUCCUCUUCAGUAGCUGUCUCAUCAUCUGGUGUUGCAUCUUCAUCUGAAUCAUCUUUAGCUUCUAGAUCGGCUUCUGCGUUUGGUUCUAGUACAGGAUUUAGUAGUUACAGUGUAAGAUCAUCAAGUGCUGUUGAAUCCUCUUCUGCUGUCGAAUCCUCUUCAGUAGUUGUCUCAUCAUCUGGUGUUGAAUCCUCUUCUGCUGUCGAAUCCUCUUCAGUAGUUGUCUCAUCAUCUGGUGUUGAAUCCUCUUCUGCUGUCGAAUCCUCUUCAGUAGCCGUCUCAUCAUCUGGUGUUGAAUCCUCUUCUGCUGUCGAAUCCUCUUCAGUAGCCGUCUCAUCAUCUGGUGUUGAAUCCUCUUCUACUGUCGAAUCCUCUUCAGCCGCUAGAUCAUCAUCUCGUGUUGAAUCCUCUUCUGCUGUCGAAUCCUCUUCAGUAGCUGUCUCAUCAUCUGGUGUUGAAUCCUCUUCUGCUGUCGAAUCUUCUUCAGUAGCUGUCUCAUCAUCUGGUGUUGAAUCCUCUUCAGCUGUCGAAUCAUCUUCAGCCGCUAGAUCAUCAUCUGGUGUUGAAUCCUCUUCUGCUAUCGAAUCCUCUUCAGUAGCUGUCUCAUCAUCUGGUGUUGAAUCCUCUUCUGCUGUCGAAUCCUCUUCAGUAGCUGUCUCAUCAUCUGGUGUUGAAUCCUCUUCUGCUGUCGAAUCCUCUUCAGUAGCCGUCUCAUCAUCUGGUGUUGAAUCCUCUUCUACUGUCGAAUCCUCUUCAGUAGGUGUCUCAUCAUCUGGUGUUGAAUCCUCUUCUACUGUCGAAUCCUCUUCAGUAGCUAUCUCAUCAUCUGGUGUUGAAUCCUCUUCUGCUGUCGAAUCUUCUUCAGUAGCUGUCUCAUCAUCUGGUGUUGAAUCCUCUUCUGCUGUCGAAUCCUCUUCAGUAGCCGUCUCAUCAUCUGGUGUUGAAUCCUCUUCUGCUGUCGAAUCCUCUUCAGUAGCUGUCUCAUCAUCUGGUGUUGAAUCCUCUUCUGCUGUCGAAUCCUCUUCAGUAGCCGUCUCAUCAUCUGGUGUUGAAUCUUCAUCUGAAUCAUCUUUAGCUUCUAGAUCUGCUUCUGCGUUUGGUUCUAGUACAGGAUUUAGUAGUUACAGUCUAAGAUCGUCAAGUGCUGUUGAAUCUUCUUCUGUUGUCGAAUCUUCUUCCGCUGUCGAAUCUUCUUCAGUAGCUGUCUCAUCAUCUGGUGUCGAAUCCUCUUCUGGUGUCGAAUCCUCUUCAGUAGCCGUCUCAUCAUCUGGUGUUGAAUCCUCUUCUGCUGUCGAAUCAUCUUCAGUAGCUGUCUCAUCAUCUGGUGUUGAAUCCUCUUCUGCUGUCGAAUCCUCUUCAGUAGCCGUCUCUUCAUCUGGUGUUGAAUCCUCUUCUGCUGUCGAAUCCUCUUCAGUAGCUGUCUCAUCAUCUGGUGUUGAAUCCUCUUCUGCUGUCGAAUCCUCUUCAGUAGCCGUCUCUUCAUCUGGUGUUGAAUCCUCUUCUGCUGUCGAAUCCUCUUCAGUAGCUGUCUCAUCAUCCGCUGUUGAAUCCUCUUCUGCUGUCGAAUCCUCUUCAGCCGCUGUCUCAUCAUCUGGUGUUGAAUCCUCUUCUGCUGUCGAAUCCUCUUCAGCCGCUGUCUCAUCAUCUGGUGUUGAAUCCUCUUCUGCUGUCGAAUCCUCUUCCGCUGUUGAAUCCUCUUCUGCUGUCGAAUCUUCUUCAGUAGCUGUCUCAUCAUCUGGUGUUGAAUCCUCUUCUGCUGUCGAAUCCUCUUCAGUAGCCGUCUCAUCAUCUGGUGUUGAAUCCUCUUCUGCUGUCGAAUCCUCUUCAGUAGCUGUCUCAUCAUCUGGUGUUGAAUCCUCUUCUGCUAUCGAAUCCUCUUCAGUAGCUGUCUCAUCAUCUGGUGUUGAAUCUUCAUCUGAAUCAUCUUUAGCUUCUAGAUCGGCUUCUGCGUUUGGUUCUAGUACAGGAUUUAGUAGUUACAGUGUAAGAUCAUCAAGUGCUGUUGAAUCCUCUUCUGCUGUCGAAUCCUCUUCAGUAGUUGUCUCAUCAUCUGGUGUUGAAUCCUCUUCUGCUGUCGAAUCCUCUUCAGUAGCCGUCUCAUCAUCUGGUGUUGAAUCCUCUUCUGCUGUCGAAUCCUCUUCCGCUGUUGAAUCCUCUUCUGCUGUCGAAUCUUCUUCAGUAGCUGUCUCAUCAUCUGGUGUUGAAUCCUCUUCUGCUGUCGAAUCCUCUUCAGUAGCUAGAUCAUCAUCUGGUGUUGAAUCCUCUUCUGCUGUCGAAUCAUCUUCA